AUGCCGCCCCCAUCUGCCUCGACAACAACCUCUCACCCCUCAUCCCACUCAACGGGCGUCUCGAUCCGCCUCGCCGAACCGUACGUGUUACUCGUUGGUGGUCCCGAACUAGAACGAGCUCGAGCCAGACGUCGACGCGCGCUUCGACAAGCACCGACCCCGACCUCGGCUCAAGCAUCACCUUCUCCAUCGAGGACGCCAUCGAGGGCGGCCUCCCCUUCUCAUGAACUGGGGGCUGUCCCUGGUCCUGGUCCGAGUUCGACGAGGGGAAGGACGGGCGGACCGAGGAAUGGCGAUCCGGAUUUCAUCGCUCCCAAUGCGAGGGGCAGAAGUUCGACGAGGACGCGUAGUCCUUCGGUGGCGAGGGCAGCCAGUUUAUCCAGAGCUCUAGCACAGGCAAGGGUAGCUUCGACGUCCCGACCACCGCCGACAGUGGCUGUCAAUGGCCAAGAAGGCGAGGCAGCAGCCGCAGAGCACGACGAUGAACCGGCUCCGGCGAUGCUCAGGGGUCUGUUGGUGUUGCAUCUCGCCAAGGCGACGAGGAUACGCGAGAUUUCGGUCAGACUUAGGGGGCUGGCGAGAACGGACUGGCCCGAAGGUGAGUGUGCCUUCUUUUUCUACCUCCUGAAUGCCCGCCGAUCGCCCCCACUCGUGCACUCGCUCGCUUCGGCGCCAGCAACUACCCCGCUUUAUCGCGUCCUUUAUCGCGCUCCGAUUGCUCGCGCGCGCCAAGAGACAGAUCCGCCGUAGGACUCACCGAGCUGACCGGCUCAAACAUUUCGCACCCUGUGCUUUCGACACAGGAAUUGGCCCUCGAAAGAUGGAGAUUAUGGAAGAAUCCACUUUGACCAACAUCACCUCGACCUUCUUCUCGGCCAACGAGACCUCGAUGGAACGACGCGCCGCCUCGAUCGGCCCAGGCACAGGCGAUUACGGAUCCGACACGAGGUUCUUCGAAGCCGGUCGCGGCAGAAGUUCGAGAAGGGCUGCGAGUGUUCGUCCUUCGAGGGAUCUCAGUCAGGCAAGGCCGUAUGGGACUCGCGAUGGAUCGACCGGAUCGAACCAUGCCGAUUCGGCAGCUACGGCGGGGUUAGGCAACCUCGAAGAAGAGACGACCGUCGGCAUACCCGUGUCGACGCUGUCCCGCAUCGCAUCGUCCGAAGACCUCGAAUCGCGAGAUCGCCAUGACAUACCUCCCAUCUUGCCGGGUGAACAAGCACCGGCUUAUGAACUCGUCCCUUCGCUGCCCAACUCGCCUGCUCUUCGGCCCACUCGGUCGCUCGGUCGAGAUUCCCCCACACCCGAUUCACGACGGCUUCUCGGGGAUAGUCGAAGACCGGAACGAUCGCCGACACCCUCACGCAGCUCUUUGGGGAUGACAUCACAUACGAACGAUACGCCAGACGCGCGACCCUCUUUGGAUCGCGCCAGCACGUCCUCUUCGGCCUUGUCGCAACAGUCCAUCCUCGCGGCACAGCAAAGUCAUUCCCCACACCUGUACGACACGGGGAUGACGAGCUCACAUUCUGCGAGCUCGUGCGAUGUUUCUUCCACUUCGGAAGUCGAUACGAUCCAUGGACCGGAUGGAUGGAGCAGUGCCCCCGUGCUGGGAUCGGUCCACUCGAUUGGUGAGCGCGGCCGACCGACGACUCGAUCCGGUAGGCAAAGCGAGGAUGAGGCGGCUGUGGCGUCCGAGAUCACCUUACCUGGUGUUCCAUCGGAAAGGUCCGAUUUGGGAGGGACGGCUCGAUCGGGUUCGGUCGGUCCAACGUUCCAAUCACGAGCUAGUACACGACAAUCCCCACCUACGAUCGCUGCGGCUGCGCGGAGUCGAACCCGAAGUGGGAGUGUGUCGGGUAACUCGCUUCGAAGGACCAUCUCGGGUGUUUCGGCAGCGACGCCGAACACGCUUGCCCACUCAUCAUUACCUCCAUCACCUUCGGGCAUCGCUUCGGCCUUCCGGAACCUCUCUGUAGGAGGCGCACCGCGAUCUUCGUCGAGGGGAGGUGCGCCACCAAGGUCUUCAUCCCGCGGGGGAAGGUUUAGUCUCGCUGGGAUCGGCGAGGCUCUACGAGGUAAGAGCACCUCGAGGGUUCGAGAUUCCAGCAAUGUCCGCAAUGAGAUGGGUGUGCGUGGAGAUUCCAUGUCAUCGUCGAGACGUGAAACAAGUCCCGAUUCAAGUCAACCCGCGACGGGGAUCAUCACGCGCGAUCAAAGUCGAGGUCGAAAGACGGCGUUGAAAGUGCUUCGCGCGGCUCUCACCGCCGGAGGAGGAGGCUUCCAUGAGGGCGAUGGCGGCGUCGAAGGGGAUAAUGACAACAGCGAUGACGAGGUUCAAGCUACAGGAUGGAAAGAGUUCCGCGCAGGGACUUAUACCUACCCCAUUUCGAUCGCGAUUCCCGUCAGGCUACCCCCUACGAUCUCGGCUAGUUUCGGCCACGUCACUUAUGUGCUCAAAGCGACCGUUCAUCGAGCAGGUGCGUUGACGUCGAAUUUGACGACUUCGACUGAGAUUGUGCUCGUUUCGGCUCCGAGUCAGGAUGAUACGGAGGAGAAUGAGAGCAUUGUUGUGGAGAGGUUUUGGGAGACGCAGAUGAAGUAUAACGUCGCACUCAGUGGGAAGGUGAGGCCUUUUUUCAAGAUCUUGGGUCAUCGAUGCACUGGAGCAAAGGCUGAUUCGCAUACUGUGUUGACGGGGUUUUGCAGAGCUUUGCGAUUGGGAGUCAGAUCCCCGUUUCGAUUAGGCUCGACCCGAUGGCGAAGAUCAAGGUGUAUCGCAUCACGGCCGUAUUGGAGCAAAAGACCAACUACUUUGCAUCGGGUGGGUGCGGGUCUGUUCUACUUGUCGCUGGAGCGAUGUGCUGACCAAGCUUGCUGCCCCUGUGAAACAGGCCGCAAAUUGACUCGACACGAAACACCGAAAAAGUUCCCCCUCCUGCGGAUCGAGCACAAGGAUCCGAAGGAGCCUCUCUUGCCGAUCUUGUCCGACGACCCAAAGGCUAUUACCGAUCACCCUUUGGCGGGCUUUUUCAUCAAUCCCGACACCUCGGACGACACGACCCCUGCCUUGCUAGACCCACUCGGACCUUGGCACAUCGAGUCCUAUCUCCAACUCCCCACCUGCGCCUCCAAGAUCGCCUUCUCGACCCACCACGAACAAUCCAACAUCGCGACAAGCCACAUCAUCAAAGUCAUGCUCCGCGUCGAACGCGGCGACGACGAAUACCUCGAUUCGAAAGGGAAUCGGAAACUCUGGGACGUGAUUAUCGAAUCGCCCAUACACAUCUUGGCGUGUCAAUGCGCGCAGAACAUUCUUCCUGCUUAUUCAGCUGCCUUGGGUGGAGGGACGAGGGGUCAGAACGGAGGGCCUGUGGUGGGGGGUACGGUCCAACCUUGUGAGGUACAUUCACCCCCCUCGACGAUUGGAGGACCUAUUUCCUCGAACGGUCGACGACCGCCAUCGACAACAAGGACAGAUCGAUCUCGAUCUCGCGUCCGGACCGCCGCGAUCGUCGCGGCUGCUGCUGUAGCAGCCGCUGCGUCGCCGUAUCCUCAUCGAUCCGAAUCACCUCAUCCUUCGAUUCCAGCAAACGAAUUGGAAGAGACGAAUGCAUUGUUCGCUCGAUUAGUGGCCGGGGAGGAGAUGCCUUCCGGGGAGGUACCGCCUACUUAUGGUGCGACGAUGGAGGGUGAGGAUGAGGAGGAAGAGGAGGCGGAGGAGGAAGGGAGGGGUAGGACCCCUGUGGGUCGGGGAAGGACGAGGACGAGGGAUCAUAGUGUGGAGGCUUGA